AUGAACUGGAUGAACGUGGAAGAGAUGCUCCGCAGGGCCGAGACGCCUCUCUUCUGGGUCGGCGCGUUCACUGUGGCCUCCCUGGCGCUGUGGCUGCUCUACAGGCUGCUCUCAGGUUUUAGGAUCUGGGUCUUGGGGAAUGGACAGCUUCUCUCCCCGAAGCUGGGCAGAUGGGCAGUUGUGACGGGAGCCACGGAUGGAAUCGGGAAAUCCUAUGCGGAGGAGCUCGCUCGUCGAGGAUUUGCCAUGAUGCUGAUCAGUCGCUCCCAGGACAAGCUGGAUGACGUGGCCAGGUCACUUGAGGAGCAGUUUGCAGUUGAGACCAGGACCAUCGCUGUUGACUUUGGCAAGGCCGACAUCUACAACAAGAUUGAAGAAGGGCUGGCUGGUCUUGAGAUUGGCGUUCUUGUCAACAAUGUUGGUGUGUCCUACCCCUACCCUGAGUACUACCUCCAUAUUCCUGAUCUGAACAAUUUCAUCACAAAUAUGAUCAACGUCAACAUAACCUCAGUGUGUCAGAUGACCCGCCUGGUGCUGCCCAGAAUGGCUGAUAGGUCCAAAGGUGUUAUCCUCAACAUCUCCUCUGCCAGCGGCAUGUACCCCGUCCCUCUGCUCACAGUCUACUCUUCCACAAAGGCCUUUGUGGAUUUCUUCUCUCGAGGCCUCCAAGAGGAGUACAGGCGUCAGGGCGUCAUCAUCCAGAGCGUGCUGCCCUUCUUCGUGGUCACUAAGAUGACUCGUAUCAAGAAGCCCACCCUGGACAAGCCCACCCCAGAGCGCUACGUGGCUGCUGAGCUGAGCACUGUGGGCCUGCAGACUCAGACCAACGGCUACUUUCCCCACGCCGUCAUGGGUUGGUUGACCACGAAGCUGGUGCCGAUCAGCCUCGUCAUCUUCUUUGGAGCCAGAAUGAAUCGUCUCCAGCGUACUGGAUACCUGCACAGGAGGAGGCUGAGGGAGCAGAAGAACGGAGCGGGUUUGAAAAGUGAAUAA